UCUUGAUGUUCUUGUGAUACUAGUUUCACAUUCCUGUGGUUAUAUUUUGAUGUCCCUGUGGUUAGUUCUUGAUGUUCCUGUGAUAUUAUUAUCAAGUUCCUUCGAGAUCAUUUUAACAUUCCUCUUUUCUGUUUUUCCCUUUUUUUUUGCAACUGUGUUAUUUGGACACAUGUCGAUACAAAGAAACACAUAUAAGAGAAUGGCCAGUUAUUUCAUCUUGGAAUGAAGAAAGAAUGAAGGACAGAAUUAAAAGAGAGGAGUCUGAAGGAGGAUUUAGACGUGUUUAUGUAGAACGUUGCGUCAAGAAACCCUAUAUGGAAGAUGAUCAAGGUUCCAAAAAAGAUGCUGCACGUUCAACCAAAGAUCAUUAAGGAAUCUUUGGUAGUCAGGAUGCGAAGUUCAAUAACUAGCUUGGGAGAUAUCAUCGCUGAGAUCCAUGGAAAAGAAAAGGAAAUAAAUGUGGAGCCCCAUGAACGUGUUAAGGUGACUUUGAAGUCACUAGCUGAAGCAACAACAACUGAUCAAGAAACAGAAGAGGAUCAGAAUAAUCAAGCAGAACUUGAAAAUUUUACACAGUUUGUGGAAUCUGAUGAUUUCAUGACGAGUUAUGACAUGUGCAUGCAAUCAAUUGAGACUCUGAAGCAGCAGAAAUAAUCCACCAACCAAGCUGCAAACCAAGUUGAUGAGCCUCCUAAAUGUACAGGUGCUGCCAUACCUCCACAUCAGAAUGAAGAACGAACAGUGGAGCACGUGAAUAACUUUGAGAAUGAGAAAGAGUUACAUCAAUGCCCUAAUCCUGCAGAGCAAUUUCCUCAUCUUCCUAAUCCUGCAUACCUGGGGCAAAUGGAAAAUAACGUUAGUGAUAUGGUUCAUUUAUUAAUUUUAGAAGAACACUCGCAACAUACCACUGAAGAAGACAGUCGUUUGCAAGCUGUGAUUCAAUCUUUAUAGCCUCCACCAGAACAAUGCUUGGAAAAAUGGCAGAUGAUUUGAUGCAACUUUCAUCAGCAGGAGUAAGUGUACCAACUUCACCUAUGAGCACCAGAAUCGCGAAUGCAUCUCAAUCAAGUGUCAAUUGUCAGUUCAUGAGUAGAUAAUUCUUCUAAAUAUCAGACACCUCUUGCUGCUCCAAGGCCACUUGAUAAAAAUGAUGAGGAUAAAUAAAUACGCGCAACAAUAAAAAGGAAUUUGCAUGGAAAUUGAUAAAUCUUAUUUCAAUAUCACUCGGAGUUCGUUGAUGGUGUAUCUAAUGUUUUGUUAUGAUGGAUCUGCACUUUGCCCUCUUUUAACAGAAUGUAGGUUGUUGGAUCUUGAAAAGGCACCCAGAAAGAAUCCUAAAAGGAUCAAGUUCCUGCCUGCUUGUCAGAGGUCCCCUUAUGUCAGGCGAGGACAACGCAAGUCACUUGAUAAAGAGCUGACUGAAGAGGAGACCAUUAUAUUGGAUUUUGCAUUCUUAGCAGGAGGAGUGAAGAUUAUGUCGAGAAAUGGCAAGAUUCAGAAAAUUACACCAGUUUUAAUCUAAACAUGUUGUAUUCACCUAGCAUAGUACCUGUAAAACAUGUAUUAAUUGUUUAUCAGCAUGUUGAAUUAGGAUUAUGCAAGGUCUUCUAAGAAAUUUGGUUUAUAACUUCCACAAAUGCAGUAAUAUCCUGUUCUCGUACGAAGAUCUUGCAAGUUAUGACAGAUUAUCAUUAUGGUCAAUGAGGCCCGGUGUCUAGAUUGAACAGAGCAUAUAAGAUGCAUGGAGCAUCCACCUCAAUUAUUUAGAGAUGAUGAAAGUGUAAAAAAGGGUUGCGCAUGUUUAUUUUACCACAACACUUUUCCAGAUCAUUAAAGGUAAAUACGAUGACAAGUUCAAUGUUGACCGGUACCUCAAAAGAUUCAUUGAGCAACUGACAGAUGAAAUGGAGGGUCAAAAUAUAUCUUUGGAACAUAUCAAGGACGCAGAAGUGAUACGUACUGCCUCCUAGUUAGUUUGAAUAUGUGCACUACUUUUAUAAGUCCCUUUGGUUAUUUCUUGAAGUCUCUGUGAUUAUUUUAUGAAGUUGUUGUGCUUAUGUUUUCAAGUCCCUGUAGUUCUAUAUUGAUAUCCCUAUGAUUAUGUUUUGAAGUCCUUGUGGUUAUAUAUUGAUGUACCUGUGGUUAUUUUUUUUUUUCAAGUUCUUUCCAUACUGUUUGAGUUCCUUCAACAAAAUUUUGAAAGUAC